AUGGUAGAUGAAAGCCCGCUCAGUUUACAGCGGAAAAAUACCAUUUAUACUGAGUUUUCAACGAAAGUUCGUUUUCAAAAUACAAUAGUUAUUAAGAACACCGUUUUUCGAUUCGCGCAAAGCUCGAGGAACAAAAAUAACACAAUAAUGUUUUCAAAUUUUGGUUCGUUAAAGGGUAGAUUGAAUAAAGGUCAAUUCAGGGACAAAGGAUCUAAUAAUUCCGGCUCUGACCAGGAAGAUCAUGUUCGUGAGGUUUCAACCACAAAUGGUAGUCCUGGUGGGAACAUCACUUCUGUAGGUGGUCUUUUACCUGCUGUGCGCCGUUCUUUAUCACUCACUUCAAGAACGCAAACUUCUACCUCGUUAUUACAACAAGAAGAUAGCAAUAAAAUCGACAUAACCAUUUUUGAAAAUGAAGAAGAUGAUAAUUUAAUUUCCCAAGAAAAAGAUGACGCCGAAAAUCCGUUGAACACUAAAGAAAAGUUGGUUAAACAAAAGAAAUACGAUUCUCGAUUUGCAGAAUUAGCAAGGUCAUAUAAAAAAUUGCUUAACGAAAAAAAAGCUAUUGAAAAAGUUUUAAAGGAGAACACACAUCUAGAAGGAAUCGCUGACGUAGAAGCUUUUGAAGCCCACUUACGUAACUUAAAUAUGAAAAGUGAGAUGACUCAACAAGAAAUUAAACGGAUCACAAAAAUAAAUGAUGAAACAAGACGACAAAUGGAAGAUCUACGUAGUACACAAACAGAACUUAUAGAGGAAUUAAAAAAGAAAGUGCGGGAUCAAGAAACGCAAAUUGAAAAUUUUCAUAUAAAGGAUGGGCCUGUUCAAGUUGAUGGAACAAAUAAUCUCAUGGAGGACGAUGUAAGACGGGUAGAAGUCUCGUCCGAUGAAAGUAAUACCGAAAAAGUUGAAGAGGUCAAUGAUAAGAGAGAUGUAGAAUCAUUAGAUCCUUCUGAGAAGAUAGGAGAUGAUAAUACUUCGUUAGUAGCAAAAAGCACCAGGAUAGACGAAUUGGAACAAAAGUUGGAGAGUAUAGGUCGAAAUAUUGAUAAUGUUAUGAUGGAAGAAGUCAAAACAAAAAAUCACGAGUUGACCGUAAAAUUACAACAAUUAGAGGCUGAAAAUGGUUCAUUGAGGGAAGAAAAAGAAAAGUUAACUCAAACAGUGCAAUCGCUGAAACACACGCAUGCAGAAACUUUACAAAAAUCGUCCCAAGAAUAUGAGAAAAAGAUUGAAAGUUUAAUAAAUACCUCUACUAGUGAAAAGGAAAAAUUGGAAAAAUCUAUUGAACAUAUAAGUAAAGAGCAUGAUGAAACCGUAUCAAAGGUUAGGAAAGAGCUCGAAAUAAAAUUAAAAGAAACACAAGAAUUAAAAGAUCAAAACCGUAUUGCGUUGGACAAUAAGACCAAAGAAUUUGAGAAAGAAAGAGAUGCAAUGACUAAGCAAUUCGACGAAAAACUGAAAGAAGCUAGAAAGGAAAUUGUAAAAGAGAAAGUGCUUAGUGAAGAAAAGCUUAGUGAAGUUGAUUUAGGUGAAGGACUUUCCAUGCAGAAAGUAGAGGCUUCAGAAAGUGCUCGUUGGGAUAUGGAACGACAGCAGUGGGAAUCGAAGGUACAAAUGUUGGAACAAGCAAUUGAACAAUUAAAGAAAAAUCAUAAUAAUUCAUCCUCUCCGCCUGAGUCAAAUAUGGUAAAGGGAUUCGAUACACAAUCUGAUGCUAACGGAAAUCAUGAAAUAUCAACAACGCUGUUCCCGGAACAGAUUCUGAAGGAACUUGCGACCGCCGAAGAAAAUCAACCUGACAAGGCCCCUCUAAGUCAAGAAUUAGAUCAAAACUCAAAGGAAAAUAUCGAAUUAAUUGGUAAAGUAAGAGAGUUGUCAGAAGAGUUGCAAGCAGUCAAAAAGCAAGUCGAUGAAAAAGAAACUUUAAUACAGGAUAUGGACAAACAAAUCAAUUCUCUUAAGGAAAGCAUUACCGAAAAAAGUGAACAAUUAAUCGAAAUAUCUUCCAAACCCGAGUCAAUUAACGAACGUCAGGAGAAUGGAUCUUUAUCAGAGUCUAGCUCAGAUUCAAACUCUAUAGCACGGGAACAGGACCAAAAAUACGAAAAACCCGAAAAAGCGCAUGACGAAUUACAAAGUCAUCAAGAACCAAAACUCGAUAUAUCACUCGCAAGUUCAAAAAUCUCCGAAUUAGAAGACCGUGUGAAACAACUCCUUAAUGAGAUAGAAACUUUAGUCAAAGACAAACAAAAUCUUAUUCAAGAUUUGGAGAUUGUGCAGAAAAAAUCGAACGAUGCUCAUGCUCAAUUAGAUGAUGAAAAAGAGCUGAAUCGGCAACUGAAAGAAAAGUUGGAAACAAAGGAAAAGAAUUACACAUUACUUGAAUCCGAUUGUGCACAACUUCACGUGGCUAAAACAGAUGCUCUAGAAAAAUUAUCAGACGUUGAGUCAAGGCUGAAAUCAUCGAUUCAACGAGAAAAGGAUCUACAAGAUUCUUUGAAUGAAUCUAAAUCAAAUAUUAAGAAACGAGAUUCUGAGAUUGAGACAUUGAAAAAGCAAUCAGCUGAAGAAAAAGAAAAACAGAACAACCUGCUUAAGAAAUCCCAGCAAAAAAUACCAAGUCUCGAAAAAGAGAAAAAAGAAUUGAGUGAUGAGGUAGAACGCCUUCAAGGUUUGCUUAAAGGGUUCGAGAAAAGCGCUGCGAAUAUGAAACAAGAAAUUUCGCGUUCAAAUAAAGAAUUGGAUGCGAAAUUGGCACAAAUUUCUCGUCUUGAAACACUAAAUGAGAAAUUGAAUCUUGAGAAAGAAAAAUAUUUUGAUCAACUGCAAGUCAAGCAAGCGGAAUUUGAAUCAUCUCAAUCUUCUCUCGAAAAGUUACAGCAUGGUUCAAAGGAGCUCGAACAUCAGUUAAAAGAACUUGAAGAACGCUCACAAGCAUUAGAGGAGGAAUUAACGACGUUAAAGAAAGCUUAUAAAGAGAAGAGCCGCGAAAGUGAUGAGUUGAAGACAAAACUGGAAGAUACGAAUCGCGGAAAUGCAGAGAAGCUUGAAACUUUGAAAAAACAUAAAGAAAAUUAUAGACAUGGUAAAGAAAGAAUCGAAUUAGAAAUGGUUGAGUUAAAACGUAAAGUUGAUAAUGAAACUCAAGACAUGAUUAAGCAACUGAAUGCAAAGGAGCAAGAGAAGAAUAGAUUAAUAGAAAUUUCUCUAGAGAAGGAAAACACUAUAAAGUCGUUACAGGAUGAGAACCUGUCUCUGAAAGAGAAAAUGCAAGAAAUAGAUGAAAAGAUGAGCAUACUUAAUGCAGAAAUGGUUAACGCCGACAAGAAAUCUGCAAAGUAUCAGGAAUUGGAAUUAACAUUUCAACGAAGUCAGGAAGAAUAUGAAAAGUUGUUGGAAGAAGCACGAAUGCGUGAAGAAGAGGUUCGUAAGCUUCAGAAAUCUUCAGAACGUGGAACUCCAACUUCACCGCAACCACCUUUAUCUCCUACGGCUUCACGAGGAUCAAAUACUCCCAUGACACCAACGUUUGGCGCCAAAUUGGAGGAUGAUGUCAAAGUAGAUUACAUACGAGAUGUAGUAUUCAAGUUUCUGGAACAUAAAGUUCAGAGGAAAGCUCUCUUGCCAGUUUUAACAACUCUACUUAAAGCUUCACCGGAAGAGAAGAGAAAAUUAGAGGCAAAAUAUGGACGUCUUUGGUUUAUGCGUAUAACCAGUCUCAAUGAUUGUAAACACCAUGGCUUCAUAGAAUUUCUAUAA